AUGGCGAUCCAUCCCCCUCUGGAUACACUUAAAAAUAUCUUUGCCUUCAUGGAAGCAUUCAACGUUGAUGGACUGAUGCCUCGGUUCUUACGGUAUUACGAAGAUAAAAAGGGUAAAUUGCGACCGCGCCUGAAGGUAGCAUUAGCCAAUUUCUUCAAACAUGUGUCAAUACUUCGUGGCACAUUAUUCCGUUCCAUAAAGCCGAAUAAUCACGAUAAAUACCCUUGGAAUAUUAUUGUGGAUGUCCUUUUAGAAUGUAUUCCUAGGUUUGAUGCUGCACUUCAUUAUCUACUCUAUCGCGUUGACAGUGCAUAUAAAGAUGUUGGAGGCGGGGACUGGGCGGAGAUAUCCUUGCAUUCCGGUGAUCUUCAAAAGUUUUUUACUACUAACAAUGGCAUUAUAAACGGUGGCUUCCAACCCCAAGAAUUAAAUAUUUUCCUGGGUAAAGAUUUAGUAAAUCCCUUAAAAGAGGUUGUACAAAAAAUCAGACCUAGUAAAGGUAGACAAAAAGAACAAGCAACGCAAGAUUACUUUCGAGACGCUUUCUUAACAACGCUACAACGGCCCUGGGAAUUUGUGCAAACCGGGAAUGUAUUGCUUCUGGUUUAUACGCUCUGCCGAGUGGUGUUGGAGGAAUCGCAUAUUGGUGGUACGGUUAAAAAAGCAUUUGAUGCCGAGUUCAAAAAACAGAGUAAAUGUUUGGAUUGGGAUACUUUGUAUCACCACUGUAAAAUUCUUAAUGACCAUUUUAAUGUAUUGUUUGAUGAUGACGAUCCAAAUAAUGGAGGGCUUGCCUUCAUCGGUAGGACGUUUAGUAUGCCCAAAAUGGAGGUAUUCGUAAGUGAGGAUUUUAGAAAGUGUCUGAUAAACGCAACAACAGUACUGAGUAAAAUGAUACCUCAGUCAAUCCAUUCGGACUUACGUAAACUGCGUGAUUAUGCGAAAGAUCAUCUCUAUCCUAACGGGUUCACUUUCCACGGGAAUAAGCAACGCGCAUGGAAAAAGAUGACGCAGGAGAAGAUGUGGACUGGUGCAUUUCAAAUUUUUCUCAGCCUUGAUGAAAAGCUGAUUGAACUUAAACGACUUUUGGAAGGUGGGCGAUGUACCAGUGGUCAACUAACAAAAGGACCUGUGGUUCCGGUUCCGGAAGCACCCAAAGAAGUUAUACCUGAGCUUAAAGUACCGGUUGUACCACCUAAAAAACCAGAGGUCCCGCCUGCCAAGGUCCCCGAAGUUCCUAAACGUCCUGCCGAUGUGGCGCAUCAGAACACAAAAACUGAGGCUGCCAAACCUGUGCCCACUAAAACCGAGACACCAAAACCCGUGGAAAAUAUGACAGCUCGUGAUCCACGUCCAUCAGAUCCUCCUACAACGCAACAAAGUAUGCCGGGGCCUGCUACGACGCCCUCGAUACCUGGCGGAUUUGCGACUCCACCCAAGCCUUCCAGCUCCAACAUUCCAAGCUCUCCACAGCCUUCUCAUCUUCCAGUUUCACCGACUACAAGUGUUGUUCACCAUUCCCCUAACGAAGACCCUACACAUCAGCAAGGGCCUGUAGGUAGGAUUUCUCCCACCCUUCAAGUUUCGUCGCCUGAGAACGUUUUGCCUUCACCUCCAGGAGAUCAAGCCCCGCAAGGGCCUAAAACUCAAAAGGAUUCUGCAAGCUCACGUGGAAGUCCCGACCAGCAUAGUAAAACAAGUGUCGAAGAUGACAGUUUAAUGGGCAAGGAUUCUGGUCAACGCCCUGGUACCUCUCAAGACCCUGCGCAUGCACCAGACCGAAGUGUUACAGGGCCGUCCCCUGCUACAUCUGUUGCCUCUUCAACCGACGGUAGUCCGGGCAAGAGUACCGGUGCAUCCCCGUCCAUACCUACCAAACAAGUUAGUCAAGGACCUCUGGUUGAUAAAGGUGGUAUCAAUACUACCGCAUCUACUUCCCACACUUCUGGCCAAGUUCCCAGUAGAAGUGCUGGAGCAGGUGGUGGGUCAGAAGGCGUGACGGGUGAGAGGGGUAAUGAUGAACAAACUACUCCAUCUCUGCAUACUACAGAUCAAGAAUCGGGCGGCACUUCCGGAGUUUUGUCUCUUCCUGCGCAGCCAACAGACUCUAUUACCACGGACUCUUCCGAGCCUCCAGAUUCAUCCGUUCUAACAGCGGAUCAGAGGCAACGGGAUAAUGCCCAAGGUCAGCCAAGGCCUGCCGGCUCCACCCAUCCCAGCAGCCCUGCACCAUCUAAUGUCCCCGGUAACUCAUCUGCCCAGGUACCGGGUUCAACGCCCAGCAAUUCUCCAAUUCGAAAACCAAAUGCGUCUCUGGACAUUGUAAAUUCUGAGACUCCAAGUGAUUCACCUUUUGAGCCUUCAUCGUCUGGUGACCUUCCGGACGUUGCUCAUGAUCUGGACGGCCAGGAGUCUUCUCCCAUCCCUACUCAACCAAUUGCUCAAGCCCCCCAUACAGUUUCACGUGGAGCCCAAGGUCCAUCGUCUACGAUGCCCGAUACGGAGGAAACUGAUUCAAGUGGUGUUACAGGUACAGCUGACCCGGUGUCUUCCGUCACUAAUACAACAAAUGGUCGAGUCCAACAGACCCUUCCAGAAGCCGGGAUAGACGUGCCUGCCUAUAAAGACACCUCCAACACUUCUGAUCAAGCUGUAAAUGGAGAGGAUGGAGGGGAUAUUGAAGGGCAGAGAUCAAAUGCUGUUCAGAAUCCACCCCCGCAUAUUCCCCCAAUUACUGCUCCAGCCCCUGCCCUGCCUGGCCCGGGCCCUAAUAACCAGCGCACGGUUUCACAGGACGAAGAUACUUCUACUUCAAUGCAUGUUAACCCCGAGGGCUCUGCGCAUACUCCAAGUCAUGAUGUUAAACCUUCGGAUUCUCUGUCAUCUGGUGUCCAUAAGCCUGGUAGUGGUAAGCAUCCAGUUGGCGCGUCUUCUCCCAACUCUGAUCACCAAGAUGACCGAAACGUCCAUGGGUAUCAAAGAUACCCUGCUAUGGCAUCCUCUGCACCAGAUAAUGCCUCAGGUGGCAGUGGAGCCGAUGGUGAGGAGUCAAAGAAAAGUGUCGUCGUCCGACAGCAUGGCACAUCUUCAAAUGUUGUGAACAAUCCGAAUCAGGAUACUCCAGAUUCAGUGCCCGUGCCACCUGAUGUCCCUCUUCCAGACGGUGGUCAGGAUCACCAUGACCAGGUGACUUCCUCCUCACCUCAACAAAAUCCUCAAGGCCCCCAUACCGUUCAAGACACAAACCAUGUUGCCACUAGUAUGGAACCCCAUGAUAAAAUAUCUGAUCAACAGAGCGGCGUAACUCAAGUAGGGGGUGCGGGCCAUGUUGGUGGUCAGCAUGCUCAGAGUGAAACGUCAUCCCCUAAACAUGAAGAAUCGGCGGAUGUGAAGGAUUAUAUACAUCGACCUCUCAUACUAUCUAGAAGUUACGAUGAACAACAGGAAUCGACUGGUGCAACACGUAUCACCGAUAACCCUGGACGCCCCGACCCCAUUGGUAAUCCAGCUGAACCAGUCGCUGAGUCACCGUCCGCUCUUCCUAAACCUGCCAAUGAUUAUUCAAGUACACUGACAGCCAAAAACCCAGCUAAAUCUCAAAGGACGGUUGCUGCACCGAGCACGGAUGUUUCAAAGUCAGGCUCUGGAUUACCUAGUGUCUCCGUUAAUCGUGUCGGUAAUGGUCAGGGUGCCGAUUCAAUUCAGGACCUAGGCCGAAAACUUCAGCCGCAUUAUAUCCCCACAACAUCAACUGUUGGCGAUGAUGUAUCCACCAGCAGUGAUUUUUCUCCUGCUGAUGCAAAUUUGGUGACAAGUAAGGAUAAGAAUCAAUCGUCUGAUAUUCAUGAACAAGGUGCGGGUACCGGUGGUUCUAUUUCCGCACUAGAGCCAGAUUCGACAUUCAUGGCAGAUGCUCCAAUGGACGAUCAACCGGCAACGGAGAAGCAACCAAGUGUUCCUAGCAGUCCCACUAAUUCGGUUUCUGACUUAGGUGCGGGUACAAAUUCCGGCGAUUUAGCGGAGAACGAUGAUAAGGAUAAGACUGAAUCACAACCCACUGAUCCUAACAAGUGUCCCGAUGGUUCAUCGCCUGUAAGGUUCGGUGGUAUGAAAUUGUGUCAACCCAAGGCUACUAUAAAGAAGGCAACUGAUCUGCAAGCACAAUUGAAAAGAUCCGAAGAGGAAGCUGAAAAAAGACGUAAAGAGGAAGAAGCUCAUGCGCAAAAAGUACGCCAAUGGCAAAUGAGCAUGCCGUAUCUAGAGGGGCACAGCGUUUUCUCUUUAAACAACUCUACACACGUCGGUGGAUUGGAUGGCAAAGCAUUGCAGGAUGAAUCUGAUUAUGGGCCUGACGUUUUAAGUCAGCAAGAAAAGGCAGACGAAGAAUGGAAAGCUGGACUGAAGAACAUCUAUGAGCAGCAGAAAAGUGACUUUCAAAAUAUGAGUGAAGCCAUAAAGCAAAUUCAGCGUGAUUCAUUUCUUAACUAUCUCAAGAAAGAUAUUCUAGAUGCUACCAUUAUUCAUUAUUCGCCACCAGAGAUUAGAAAUAUUGGAAUACCGAUAGGCUACCCUGUGAAGCAUAAGAACAUGCAAUACCCAAAAUUUCACAAUAUCUCGAGCAAAGAUGUAAGAAGAUUUGUUCCAGUUGUACGUCAAGGCAUUGGCUUGCCCCAGAGUCGUCAGGCCAAUCCUCCUCCCCUACGGUUUAGAAGAGAGGCACACGACCCACACGCUUCAUUUCGGUCGGAUGUUAGACCUCCACCUAUUCCCCUAGAGCCCAGCGGAGUUGCUCUUAUACGUGAUACUGAUCGAAAAAUAAAAGUAGACAAUACGAUGACUUCACACCACACGCCACCGCCGUUGACCGGUGCACCUAUUGACGAGUAUAUAGUGGUUUCAAACACUUCACCCGCUGCUCCCGAAAAUAUAGACCCCGCACCAGCUUAUCCUAUGCCGGAAGUAUCAUUAGAAUCGAUUACCCCAAGAUUCGAAACUGACCAAGACCCCGACGUAUUCAUUUACGUCCCCCAGGUCACAGUUCCGGAGUACGAUUUUGACUGCGACCUAGAUGACGACUUUCCACGUCUGAGCACCGCUCCGUCACUCGACCCUGCCGGAUCGUCCAUCCCUACCAUUUCUUUCAAUUUAGAAUCGUUAGAAGUUGCGCCGUCCUCGACUUCCAAUGACUUAGAUUCAGAUUUUAUGAAGGCCUCAACCGUUGGAAUGUGUAUGCCUCCGUGGACAAAUCAGAAGUUUGAGGACAAUUCUUCCGACAUCCCAGAAACGGAACUGCUCCCUUCCGAACCCCCAAGAACUGUAGAGGGUAUGCUUCGUUGGCUGUCCGCACUUCGAAAUCAAAAACAUCUGAAAACUAUGGAGAAAUGCGUAAAAUAUGCCUUUGGUUGCGUAAUUAAUGAGUCUACAAAUCUCAAACUCUGCGUCAACCAAUCUGAAAUAUUCUCCAAAGACGUAUUUAAGAUGUUGGAACUAGCCUCGAUGUUCUCAGGUGCCGUACUCUCCGCCAUUGCGCCCGACUGGAAGCGAAGGCCAUCGUUUGGAACUGUGAAUCCUAAAGAUCUAAACCAACUUCAGGAACCUGAUGCCUGUGCCCUCCUCUGCCAGCUGCGGGACUAUGUCUACGCCUGCCACCAUCAAUUAGCGUUUUUAAAGUCGCAGUGUUCUCGGGAUAGCAAACAUGGUGGUUGGAAGGAUUGUCAUUAUGGCCGUGAUGUGAAGGUUAAGUCCCCCCUCCAGGCCUUCCUGACCACCGCCUCCACAUCCAAGUUCAAGACUGACCCCUUCGACCCGCACAACAUCUGCCUCAAGAGCCGUAUCAACAUGGGAUUCCGAAAGGAUUAUUUACCCAAGGAGAAGCGAGAUGGCAAAUAUAUUUCCACCUUUCUCUCUCCUCUCUGUACCACCGACGACCCUUUGCUUAUAUUAUGUUCUUAUCUCAACUGCCUCACCAGGCGGACGCCGCGCACUACCGGGGAGCUUGCUGCGUUCUUCCACAAUGCUGGAAAUGUGCUGCACGAUGCGGCUUCAGAAUUGUCCAAGCUGGGCACUGCCCUCUCCAAGCCACAUGAAGACUGUCCCCACUGGGACCAUCUUGAGGCCGAAGACAUCCAAUCCAUCCGGGAGCUUCGAAUUUCAGAUUCUGCCAGCUCCAUCCAUUCCGAGACCCUGUCCAAGCUACUUGGCUGCGGCGCAAAGCAUGCUUCUUGCCAAAUGCACAUCCAUCCCAUAACCUACCGGACGUACGCCCUUUACUCUUCCAGCUUCGCCGAUACGUACCUCAGCUGGGCGGUGUACCUGCCAGAAAGACUGCAUGAUUCACUGCAAAGGCUGCGUGGUGAUCUCGAGAAGCACGUUGGUCCUAAGUGCGCAUCACUGCAUCAAUGUCCCGAUGCCAUGCUCCUCCUCUACCGUCAUGGGUUUACGCCGCCGGAGGGUACAUCGCCAUCGUCAGUCAAAUGUUCUGAACUCAUCAACGAGCUGGAGGAUGUGGUGUCAGGUCAGCCUAUUGCAAACCUUAUGGUUUGUAUGGACAGAUUCCUAUACAAGAUCAGGAAGCCCUUCCUCUACACUGUAUUCACACUAUGGGCUGUCGCAAUCAUCUUCCUCGCCCACACUAUGCUAUACCGCCUGGACCUCCUCUACCUCCGUUCCCACCUCUUGCGCUCCAGGGUAUCCCACCUCAUAGAUGUUACCGCCUUACUCACCAAAAUCCGGAAAAUGCGUUCACUCUACAGGGUAGAUUACUUUGACGACGACGAUGACGAACAUGGCACCUAA